AUGCCCAGCCAUUUCCUCGAAGGCAAAAAAAUCAUCGUCUCUGGCGCAGGAUUCGCCGGUCUAUCCUUCAUCAUUGCCCUCCGCCAAAAUUGGAAUCCCGCCUUCAAACCACCCCAAAUCACAAUCUACGAACGUGAAGGCCGUCACCUCCCCCGCAGCAGACAAGGAUACUCCCUCUCCCUCCAUGGCUUCGACGAGGAUGGUGGCCUCGUGGCAGCUCGGGACAUUGGGGUCCUCGACGACAUGAUGAAGCACGCUGUUUCUGGGACAGACAGUAUUGGAGGGUUUCGUAUAUGGUCUAGUAGCUGGGCUCAAAUGCUCUCCGUACGCUUCGACCCCUACAAAGAUUUGCCAACGUCAGGAAUGCGUAUUAUUCGAAAUGACAUGAGGGAGGUGUGUGUCUCUGCUGCAGAGAAAUUAUACCCCAUUACGUGGAAUACAAUGGUUACUUCGGCCGAGAAACUGCCCAAUGGACGAAUUCGCACUCAUGUCCGCCCAUCUGAGUCUGGCAGGGAAGCCGACUCAUUCACAGAUGACUGCGACUUGCUCAUCGCUGCAGACGGGGCACACAGCAAGAUCCGCGCUUCCUUCAGACCAGGCGAUAAUCUAGAGUACGCAGGAGCCGUUCAAAUGGGCGGUGUGGCCAGAUUCCCCAACGGUCUUCCGGAGCUCGUCACCAAGAACUGGGGCAUGGUCAUCUCCGGUGAGGGAGUAGGAUGCUUCGUGUCGCCUGUUGAUGCAACUGGCGUGGUAUGGGCACUCAGCUUCCUUGAGCCGCAAAGCACGAAAAAAUAUGACACGGAGUCAACCAAAGAUUUUGAGGCUUUCAAGGAUGAGGCCCUGACACGCGGGCACAUGAUUCAGGAGCCGUUCCAGACAAUCGUCCAUGCCACCGAACAACAUUCAUUAUUCAGAUUCCCCGCCCGGGACAAAAAGCCCUUUCCCCAUGCUGGAGACGAAAACUUAAAGGGCGUCGUGUUCCUAGGCGAUACGAAUCACGCCGUGAGUCCGUUUGCUGGUAACGGAGCAAACAUGGCCUUGAAGGAUGGCGUUGACCUCGCCCGUCAGCUUUGCAACAGUCAGUCCAUGGAAGAGGCGCUGGAGGCGUAUGAUAAGCUGGCUUUGCCGAGGGCAGAAAAGACACUCAAGCAGUCGCACCAGAGGAUUGCUCAUGCUCAUUGUACGGGAUGGUAUUACUAUGCGAUGAGGGGGAUGCUCCUCGCUGGAAGCACCGCCAUGUUUUUGAUGGGGCGGGUGUGA